GCUCAUGGGCACAGCUGCGCAGUUCUGUCAGGGCGGCUGAUCGCCAGUUCCGAGCUCCGAAGCCCCUGUCCAAGAUGAUGCCAGCCGUGGUCUUGCUCUUGCUCCUUCUGGUCGAACAAGCAGCUGCCCUGGGAGAGCCCCAGCUCUGCUAUAUCCUGGACGCCAUCCUGUUUUUGUAUGGUAUUGUUCUCACCCUGCUCUACUGUCGACUCAAGAUCCAGGUCCGAAAGGCAGCUGUAGCCAGCCAUGAGAAGUCAGAGGCUGUUUACACGGGCCUGAAUACCCGGAACCAAGAGACUUACGAGACUCUGAAGCAUGAGAAACCACCCCAGUAGCUUUAGAACAUAUGUCCUCGGUUGCAUUCUUUUUCUGUUUCUAGUUCUGUCUUAGCCCUCAUGGUUGACAUCACUAUGCUACCUCCAUGCUUGGGAUGCAAGCUGACCUUACUCCCAUAAUGAUGCUAGGCUCUAAAUUAAUGUACACCAGCAGUUCCUCGUCUCCAUUAAAGACUUACUCACGGAUGUUUAUUGCUUCAUUCCUCUUUCCUUCCCUGGUCCCCAACCCUUGCUAAACAGCAGAAAGGGAUUACCUUCCAAUAAAGCUGUCACAGAACUGA